UCUAUGCUCACUUCAUCCUUCUUCUUUCUGUUUGAGUGAAAGAGAAAGUAAGAAAGAAAGAGUGUGAGAGAGUUACAGAGAUAUAGAUAAAAAUAUAGAAUGGGUAUGGAAGGGAUAGAGUUGAGGGAAAGCAGGAGGAGUUUAUCACCAAGAGACAUGAUACUUCACAAGCUUGAGGACCUUGAUGAUGAUGGCAAACCAAAGAGAACUGGGACUAUGUGGACGGCGAGUGCACAUAUAAUAACAGCAGUGAUAGGCUCCGGUGUGCUGUCACUAGCAUGGGCAAUGUCUCAAUUGGGUUGGGUUGCAGGACCAGUGACUCUAGUCCUCUUCUCCAUCAUCACCUUCUUCACUUCCUCUCUACUUACAGACUGCUACCGCACUUCCGAUCCAAUCUCCGGCAAAAGAAACUACACUUACAAUGAUGCUGUCAAAUCCAUCUUAGGUGGAACACAAGUCUGGAUGUGUGGACUGUGUCAGUAUGUCAACCUCUGUGGAGUGGCCAUUGGUUACACUAUCACUGCAUCUAUAAGUGCUGCAGCCAUAAGCAAGUCUAAUUGUUAUCAUGGAAAAGGCCAUAAAGCUGACUGCAGUGUCUCUGAUAGUUUCUACAUGAUUGGCUUCGGCAUUAUCCAGUUUUUCCUCUCACAGUUGCCGAACUUUCAUGACUUGUGGUGGUUGUCCAUUGUUGCUGCAGUCAUGUCUUUCGCUUACUCCGGCAUCGCCGUCGGACUUUCAUUUGCAAAAGUUAUCUCAGGUAAUACCGGAAAGACAUCCUUAACUGGACAAGAGGUUGGAGUAGAUAUAAGCUCGGCUCAAAAGAUAUGGGAGACAUUUCAAGCACUUGGAGACAUUGCAUUUGCUUAUUCUUAUUCAAUCAUACUCAUAGAAAUUCAGGACACUCUGAAAUCUCCUCCGGCAGAGAACAAGGUCAUGAAGAAGGCAAGCUUCAUUGGUGUGUCGACAACCACGAUAUUCUACAUCCUCAGUGGUUGUCUCGGCUAUGCCGCAUUCGGUAACCAUUCUCCAGGAAACAUCUUAACCGGCUUCGGAUUCUACGAGCCUUACUGGCUAGUUGAUCUCGCUAACUUCUGCAUCAUAGUGCAUCUGGUUGGAGCUUAUCAGGUAUUUGCUCAACCGGUUUUUGCCGCGGUGGAGAAGUGGGUCAUCAAAAGAAACCCGAAUCUGAAAAUUCUAAACAAAGAGCUCACCGUGAUCCAUGUAAAGAGUUUCAAAUUCAAUGUCAACAUGUUCAGGUUGAUCUGGAGAAGUAUUUUUGUCGCGCUUGCAACACUUUUGGCAAUUUUGAUGCCAUUCUUCAACGACAUACUUGGAUUUCUCGGUGCCGCUAGCUUUUGGCCACUCACCGUGUACUUUCCGACCGAAAUGUACAUCGCGCAGAAGAACAUCGAGAAGUUCAGUGGCAAAUGGAUAUUGUUCAAGACUCUGAGCUUCCUCUGCUUCUUUGUUUCACUUGCUGCUGCAUGUGGUUCCAUUGAAGGAGUUAUUGAUGCACUUCAUCAUUAUACACCAUUCCAGACUAAGUCAUGAGAACUUUGAUCAUGCCAAACCUUUGCUGAACUUUUUAUUAUUAUUAUUAUUAUAUAAAUCAAAAUUAGCAGAGGAUUUGAAGCUGCAUCUAAACCUUGUAUUGUUGUUUUUGUUUGUCAUAAAAAAGACCCAAAAAGAAAGACAUAUAUAGUUUUUGUUUUCUUAA